AUGGCGAUAACGGCUGCUAUAGGAGUUUUUGUAAAUCUCAUAAUGGGUGCUCUUCUCUACUUUGGAGGACACGCACAUUCACAUGGCGGUGGAAGUCAUAGCCAUGGUCACUCACAUGCGGACCAAUACGAAAGCAUUCCAAGCGGAAAUCACGCUGACUCGCCAAACAUCAACGUCAGAGCGGCCUUUAUCCACGUGUUCGGCGAUCUCGUUCAGAGUGUUGGUGUGCUCAUAGCGGCACUUAUCAUUUACUUCAAUGAAAGUUGGGCCAUUGUUGAUCCAAUCUGUACACUUCUAUUUUCUAUUAUUGUGCUAUGCACUACAAUCUAUAUUCUCAGAGAUGCUCUGGUCGUUCUUCUGGAAGGAAGGCCCAGCAAUAUCGAUUUUUCGCAUGUGUUCACUUCAUUGGAACAAAUCGAAGGUGUGAAGAAAGUUCAUGAUCUACGGAUAUGGGCUCUUACGAUGGACAAGGUAGCCGUCUCAGUUCAUCUCGAAGUGGCUCAACCACAAAACGCUCAAUCGGUUUUACGUGACACAAGGAUCAUGCUGAGAAGGGACUUCGGUGUCCAUGAAAGCACCAUACAAAUUGAAGGGUUCAUAGCUGAAAAGGAUUGUGACCGCUGUGAUGUGCCCAAAUAA